CGCGAAGGCACCAAGAUAAUUUCCGGCAAGGGAACAAUUUGAUGGGAUGGGAGUAACCAGCAGUGAAGCUUGAAAGAUGUACUCCGUACAGUAACUUCUAAUGGAAGAGGGAUUGAUGUAAUAUAGCUUUAUAGUUAUUGGGUAGAGACCUGCGCCUUGUGCUUUGUAUAAAUAUAGGAGAAAUAAUGUCGCUGCCUAGUUUCAACCAACGGGCGCGGGAUGAAAUAAAUCGUUUAAAAUAGCCCUUGGGGCCCUCUUUAUCGCAUCUUGAUAGAUUAUUUAUCCCAUCCAUCUUUGUAUGUAGUUUAAAACUCCUCUUCUAGACAUAACUAUAUAAGAGCACCAAACUCCGCCCGCGUGAGCUUGAAUGAAGGCAUUAUUGUAUGCUGCAGCUCAAUAUGUCCUCGAUUCCCAGCAUCCCGGAUGACGCCCCGCCUCCAUAUACCCCCAUUGACCCGCUUCCCCCGGCUUCGAGCAGCGAGUCUGUCAUAGAGGCAAACGCCGCCACAGAGGAAGCUCAUGUUGACAAUGAUGAUACCCCGGUACCGACUUACGAGAGUCUUGCCUCUGUUCCAAACUUCAUCUCUGCAGUUCCAUACUUCAGGGAGCGACCGCCACCGGUUCCGCAACAUGCAGAGCCACAGGAGCUUCUCCAACACACCCUAACAAUCUAUCCCCGAAGCCAACCAAAAGACUACCAUCGUUUCCCAAAGUGUCUGCGGCCUCGCUCUGUUGAAAUUACCCAGCAUGACUGGGACACAUUCCUUAAUUACUUAUUCCCGCCGCAUUUAGCUCCCGCCGCCAGUCAGGCUCAUUUACCCCGUAAGCUCCGCGCCGCAAUUCAGCGAGACCGUAAGGACUGUGCCCAGGAAGGGGAUGCCGAGCGUCAAGCCAGGAUAGAAGCAGUCUGCGCUGAGUGGAACAGAUCUUUCUUUUUCCCCAGAUCGACUGAAAUCCUUUUUACCUAUGUAUCAUCCUCAGGCCCCCCGCCGUCAACUCAUCUCUGCCCAAAGUGCUAUCCUUCUGCCGUGAGGUCAUUGCCUGUACGGAGCGGCCCUUCCGGCAGUGGACCCCACCUUUCCCGCUCUGCAACGACCCCUUCGUGCUCAAGACAGCGUUCAAUCCCCCACAGGCCCGUCGGGGGCAAUCCAGGAAAUAACUCAGCGCUUACGCCAGAAGUCAGCACUGUGACUGCGCAGCGAUCAACCACGAUUCCAUUCCCGGAUGAGAACUGCAAUUCCGGAAGGGCGGAAGGCUGGACAUAUGAUCAGAAAUUUGCGCCAGCACAUGGAAUAGCGAACACCGCCAAUGCUCUUGUGAAUUGGGCGUCGCAAUUUAGCGCACGUGCUGAACAGUAUGGCCAAUGGGUCAGCGAGCAGGCCGCUGCACAUGGGAAGCUGCUCGAGGAACGUAGCCACCAGUACGGCCGGAUGAUUGAAGAGCAGGCCAAGGCUCGAGGAGAAUAUAUUGAGCAGCAAGCCAAGUACUUUGCAGGCAUGGGAAAGGGGCGCGGACAGGGAGGAGGAAGAGGAUGGGGAAAGGGGUGUCCCGGAGCCCACUGGGGUCACAUGGGCCAUCACAGGAAUCGCUUCAGCUGGGGGAGUCCAUGGGGCGGCCAUGGCUCUUGCCAUAGCCCAGCGGCUACGGGUGCUCCCGCUAUCGCGCACCCGUGGGGAGGAUGGGAGGGCCACAGACGAAACAGGUCAGCGGGAUGUCGCCAACGGAGUGCAUCCGUUUCGUCGACAUCAUCAUCGUCCUCAUCGUCCUCAUCGUCAUCAUCCUCGUCUGCAUCCUCAUCGUCGUCGUCUGAUUCAGAUGCCUCCUUCCUCUCUUCUCUAUCCUCAUACUCGCAGCGGCACGCUGAAGGCCUCGAAGACUUAAAGGAGAAGAUCCGUAGCGUUCGGUGGGAACACGAGCGGUGUCAGGCCCGUUCACGCAUGGACAUCCAACAUUCAAAUAUCGAUUACCUGAAGCAGGAACUCCGCAUCCUGAGGACGUCGCACAAGCAGUUUCGUUCCACGAAAAGAGCGAAUCGCGGCACCGGCACCCAUUUAUUUUCGCGCGGUACUGCAAGUAACUCGGGCAGCAACGUAAAAGGCUGUAGCACUACCACUGCCACCAGUGAUCUAAGCUCUAAGGAGGCGCAACGGGCUUUCAAGAAAGACAUACAGAGUACCAAGAAGGAGUUUCGCACGUUGGUAGCGGGGAUUAAGCAGGAGAAGAAAGAGCUACGGCGCGAUAGGCAGCAGAGGAAAAAGGAGGCUAAGCGCCAGAAGAGGGAGAGGAAGAAGCAGGAGAAGAGGAGAAAUAAAGGCAAAUAUAAAGGCAUGGCUUCUGGCGGGCGCUGAGGUCGAGUCGAUUUAUGUCUCUUUUUAUGUCUAUAUUUACGACCAUGCUUUCUUUUUCUUCACCCCCCGUUUGCUUAUAUUUGCUUAUCUCCUUAUUUAAUUUCUCCUUUGGAUCAUUUUUUUUUAAUUACAUACCAUCUUAUGGAAGUCGGAAGAAUGUCAAUGUAAUGGCGAAGGGGGGCAGCGUUGAACAAACCAAAUUCAUAUAUCAUUGUGCAAAAUUUUUGACUCUUUGACCUAUAUCACCCACAGCCCAAAAUCAAGCUCCCUUCUCUUGCAUGAUAGUCUGGCUAACUAUCAUCCAUAUCCUCAUAAUGAAUUUCACAAUCGCCUAAACCGUAACAAGAGAUUAUGGACUGUUGUAAGCAUGGCCCUAGAAAACAAGUAACUUGGUCGGUUUAUCCGAGAAAGGUG